CGCUCCGGUUCGCCGCACGAGAAACCUUUUUGCAUUGUCCACCACAAGCCAAGCUUUACCCAGAGCCCGAAGCAUCCAUUCCAACUUCCAGAGGGACCCCGAACCGCGCAGCGGGAGCUCAUCCGACGAGACGACGCAAUGGCGAGCGCCGCUGAGGAGCUGUGCGAGUCCGAGGUGCUGUGGCCGGACGCGGCGCCCCACGACGACAACGACGGCGACGCGACGCCCAGCUGCAGCUCGUCGCCCGUGGCGCGGCGGUCCAGCACGCCGCUGGCUCCGCGAGGCGGCGUCCCUGAGAGCGACAGGCCGAUCCAUCCGGGCUCGCGGCCUGUGGACAUUCCCAGGCCCGCGGCGAGCUCGGCGGCGGCCCGACGCCGAGACCACGAGGCCGAGGAGGACGGUGGCUGGAGCAGCAGCGGCACGAUGGUGCCGCCUCACGUGCUGGUCUCGCGGCGGCGGGCGGAGGGGGCGGCGGCGUUCGCGCUGCGGUCGGGGCCCGGCCGCGCGCGCGAGCUCAGCCACCUGCGCAACAACGUGCUGCGGAUGACCGGCUUCAUCGAAGGAUGACAAGGCUGACCCGUCCUCCUUUGUUUUGCGCAUUCAAACAAGACUAGUCGUCACCAUUCACCGCUUGUCUUUGUAGUUUGUAAGGCGGCGGCAUUGCCUAUUUUGUUCGUUUGUUUUUCCUGGUGGUCCAUGAUCACGUUGCAUCUCCAUUUGGGGGGAAACUUCCCAUCGCCUACUGUCACGGGAUUAAAGUACUUUUUGGUGGAAAACAUGUGUUCUUCGAUCAAACAAAUCCAGUCUGAAUGUCUGAUGGGUUAAACUCGACAAAAACUUGCAAAUUAGCAUCCUGGUUUCUGAAUGUAAUUCAACUCCUCUCCAUGAGGUGCCUAGAAGUUUCCA